AUGAAAAAGUGCAUUAAGGAUUUAAAGACAAACAAAGUAAAGUUAUUGGUUAGAACAUGUGAGAAGACGUAUGAUGAAAAACUGAUUAAAGAAGCUGGCAUAGACAUCUAGGUAAUUAAAAUUAAAAUCCUAACUCCCCUUUAGGAACAUCAAUUCCCAGAUGGACAUCUACCUUCUAAGGAAACAAUCUAGCAAUGGUUGAAAUUGGUUGAUGACUUCUUUGACGAACAAGGCAAUUUUGCCACACAGAGCUUUCAUGAAAAUGGAAGAGCUUCAGUAGAGAUCGCGGUUGUAGAAAACGAUUAAAAGCUUCAUAAAAUGGGAGUCAAGAAUGCUGAUAGGCAAGAUGCUCUUGGUGAAAGACGUAUUGGAGUGCAUUGUGUCGCUGGACUCGGAAGAGCUCCAUUUUUCGUGGCAAUUGCACUUGUUAAUAAUGGCUGUUCUCCCUCUAACGCCAUUGAAUUAAUUAGAAAGAACAGACCUGGUGCUCUUAAUCUGACAUAAGCCAAUUACAUUCUCGAAUUUAAGGGAAUGCCUAUUAAGGGCAAGGGCAAAGGUAGAAACAGUAAGAACUCUAGCUGCCAAUGUCUGAUCUUUUGA